UUUCAAUUGAAUUAAACGUUGAAUUAAAAUUUUUGAAACGCAAUGUUCGUAAAAGUGAAAAUCCAAAACGAAAAUACUGGCAGGGGUGAAGAAAUUGUUCAGAUAUCGGAUUCAGCCACAGUCCAAGAUUUGAAAAUUAAAUUGCGCAGAAUCUUUAAUAUUACCACAGAUGAUCUAGAAAUAAAAUUCCAAUCUCGAGAGCUACGCAAUGGAGAUGUUAUUAAAAGGAACCUCAGACCGUUGCAACCAAAAGAGGACCCCUCACAUUCUGAUCUAGCCAUUGUCGUCACGCAAAGGAGAGAGUUCAUUGGCUUUCUUCAAUUCUUUGCUAAAAAAAUGGCAAGGAACUUUUUAUCCAUCUCCGCUCGUCUUGUGCCAAAGCUUAAUUCUCGUCUAGAUAGAAAGCGUCUUAAUGAUGGUGCAAUGUCGGGCGUUGCAGCCAAACUUCCCCGUCUAUCGGAUUCGACAGAAUCGUCUUCAGGAAGGUCACAAGUUGCACCUUUCCGUAACGAGAGAUUCUUAAGGCUUAAUGCUGGUGCUAUUAAUACAGCCCGAGUAGCUAAGUCAGAGUUAUCUUCAGCAGAGAGUCGGACAACAGAAGAGGAUAAUGAGGAGCAGGAAGAGGAAAGCAAUGCCCGAUGCACCAAUAUUCGAAGGGACUGCUGCUACUCCAGAAAGUGUAAUCAGGUCGAUCCACGCCCUCCUUAUGCGGUAACGCUGCCUGAAAACCGAAGAUACGGACUAGUGAUAACUCACGAAGACCCCUCGGCUGAUGAAGUGGAUAUUAUGGCUGUAAUGGGACAUCUUUUUGUUUUACUUGAAUCUUGCGCGGGGGAAAACUUAAUAUUCUCAGAUUGUACCCCAGUAGCUACACUCGAAAAUAACUUAUUAAUUGUUUGCGGAGAUGACGAUACUAUGGCAUGGAUGAGAGACGCAAUAGACGGUGUCUGCCCGCCGCACUCAUGUAAUCCGUUCAUCAAGUUUUUUGACUUAGUUAGGGCAACAUUCGUUCUCCCAUUAGUUGCACCCGAGAAAUUACUCUGUGAAAUUUUCUCGCAACUGGAGGCGCAAAACUGUGGGUUAAAGACACACAAGUGGAGCGUGGUAGGCAGAUGUUCAAGGGGUACCACUAAGGAAUAUGUCGACAGAAAUGUGACACACCUUGCCGAUAAUGACGAGAUCCUUCUCUAUAUGGACGAGGAAAGUCGCGAUUAUAUUCUAGAUCACUGCAUGAAUUUGAAGUACUGUUUCUGGCGCCUUUAUUUUGAGUUUGAUUGUUCAUAAAUUUUUUGUACGUCUUGAACAUUUUUACAAGUAUUCUGAUCCAAAUUUUUGUUGAUUUAAUUGUUAUUUUCACAACUUUUCGAUCAAAAUUUUAAAACAAAACAAAACCCUCCCAAAAUUUGAUUUCAACAUUUUUCUAACGAAAUAAAUUAUGCUUCAUUCGAAUUUGGAAAA